CUAAAGAUGGAGUACACGGGCAGCCAGUACCAAGGGGAGCGGCGGGAGGAGAGACUGGAAGGGAAAGGAGAAUACAUCCUCCCAACAGAAACACGCUAUGAAGGGGAGAUGAAGGAUGGAAUGUUUCAUGGCCGGGGAACGCUGCACUUCCCGAAUGGAAGUAAAUACGAAGCUCAAUGGGAUUGCGGCAUAGGGCUCGAGGGAAAAUACACUUUUGCCGAUGGGCUCCAGUAUGAGAAGGAGAAAUGGCUCUACUGUGACGGCUAUGACCGAAGGUUUUAUACCGAGAUUUGUUGUGGAUUAAAACCUGCAGGUCGCUCACAACUUACAAAUUUAGACCCUCCUCGGCAGAUCCCGGAAGGCUGUUACGAUUGCGGUGAUGGAUUCUAUGACCCGGGCAGCCGCGUUGUGAAUGACUACCAGCACAGAUUCCUUCGGAAUGCCGACGAUGAUGAACAUGAGUGGAUAGUCCGGACCUGUCGGAAGGGAUGGGAUGAAGUUACGGGAUACAAACCCAAACAUUAGCUCG